AUGGCGAACAAGCUCAUCAAUCAGAUGGGAUUGCCCAAAUCCAUCUCCAAUAUCUUCACUGCUCGCAACAUUAUCACUGCCAAGGAUGCUUUGUCUCACACUGAAUUUGAGUUGAUGGAAUUAUUGGACGUUGGAAAGGAAGAAGUAACAUCCGCAAUGGCGCAUGUUAGCGAAGUCGUGUGUCCACCGUGUCAAACUGCGUUACUUCUGCUGGAGCAGCGAGUACGCAACGAGACGUCGGCAGGUCAUCUUCCCAGUCGUUUGAAAGGUUUGGAUGAAGCCUUGUGCGGCGGCAUUCCUUUUGGUGUUUUAACAGAGUUGGUUGGUCCAGCAGGAAUUGGCAAAACACAGUUUUGCUUGAAGCUAUCACUGCUGGCUUCACUGCCUGCUACUUGUGGAGGCUUAGACGGCCGUGUAAUAUAUAUUGAUGUUGAAUCCAAAUUCAGGUCAAAAAGGUUGAUAGAGAUUGGAAUAAACAGUUUUCCUGAAAUAUUUCUGAAGAAGGGAAUGGCACAGGAGAUGGCUGGUAGAAUCCUGAUUUUGCGUCCUACAUCACUUUCUGAAUUUGCUGAGAGUUUGCACCAGAUCAAAGUAUCACUCCUCCAGCAACAAGUGAAAUUGCUCAUCAUUGAUAGCAUGGCUGCUCUAGUUUUAGGUGAACAUGAUUGUGGGACCUCUAGACAACAAGCAUUGGGUUGGCAUGUUUCUUUUAUCAAGUCACUUGCUGAAUUUUCAAGAAUUCCAGUUGUAUUGACAAAUCAAGUAAGAUCUCACAUUGGUGAUGAAUCUCGCAUGUAUUCCUUUCAAGCACAAAGCCGCUCUAUAAUAAAAGAUAAUCCUGCUACAUAUGAUUCUCAUCUGGUUGCUGCUUUGGGAAUUAACUGGGCUCAUGCUGUGACCAUCCGUCUUGUACUUGAAGCCAGAUCAGGUCAAAGGUUUAUUAAGUUAGCAAAAUCUCCUAUAUCACCUCCUCUGGCUUUCCCUUUUAAGAUAACUUCAUCAGGCGUGGUUCUGCUGGAUGAUGAUGGGAUAGAAAUGAAAGGGUCAGAAAUAAACACUAUUCAUUGCCAAGGUUUGUCAUUGAGCUCUCUUGCCGUUGACUCUUCGGAAUAUGUUUUAUGUACCAAAAAUACUUGA